CCUCCCUGCGUAAUCUCUCUCUCUCUCUCAACCUUCCUCCGUCCACCCUCACGAAAUCCAACAGCGACCAACUAACACAAUGGACGACAUGAAUGCCGAAUACAGCCUCUACUGGGAAACUAAGCGCUUGAUGGAUCUCGAAGAGCUCGAGAGUUGGGGGUUUGAGGAGGCCGUGUCCGGUGGCUACUAUGGUUCCAGUUCUCCCGAAGGUGUCUCUUCGUCGGCGCCAACCACGGCGAAGAACAUUGCCAUGGAGAGGAAUCGCCGGAAGAAGCUCGACGAUAAGCUCUACGCACUCCGAAGCGUCGUUCCCAAGAUUACCAAGAUGAAUAAGGCAUCGAUCAUAAAGGAUGCGAUCGAUUACAUUAUUCAGCUUCAAGACGAAGAAAGGCAGAUGAAAGCUGACAUAUCCGAGCUCGAGUCAAAACUCAAGCAAGAGUUGGCUUCGGUUGAUGACGACCUUGCGCACUUGGAGAAUCUGCACUUCUCGCAGAGAAAGAAGAAAAGAACUGCGUCUGCUCCAAGUUCCCCCAGCUCGACACCAAUUCAAGUUGUGGAACUUACAGUGAGUGAAGUGGGGGAGAAGACCAUUCUUAUAAACAUCACCUGCAACAAGAAGAGCGACACCAUGAUCAAGCUAUGCGAGCUUUUUGAGUCUUUAAACAUGAAGAUCAUCACGGCCAACAUCACCUGCCUCGCCGGUAGCUUCUUUUAUACUCUGUUCAUUGAGAGUGAUGAAAUAGGGAGCGCUCAACUGAAGGAGAAGAUUGAAACUGCAAUUACAGAACUUGACAGCCCGAGAACAAUGAGUUCGAUCCUCGAGUUAUAUUAACUACAUGGAUUUACCCAAGAGCUGAUUAUUACGCCCUAUGCACAAAAAUAAAUCAGUCAAUAAACUGCUAUUCUACCCUUGCUACUCCGGGAGACUAAGGCUGUUGCUUAGCAACAGAUGGAGUGGAUAAGGCAUGCAUAGCAGAGUCGAUUACUUAUGGUAAUGUUCAAGUUCUUUUUCAAGUUGUAAUGAUGUUUUACUUUGAUGCUGUGAUCAAAGUUUUGGAGUACAAUUCUCUGUAAUUUGUGUCAUGAAUAUAAACCCAAGACG